CAAAAGCCCAUCCUUUGCGACGUACGAUCUUCCCCCAACUUCGCCUACCGCCUUGCAGCUUUGAAACUCACAGUAGGCCAUCUAAAAAAGAUGAGAAGCACCAACUGCUGCUUUCUGAUGACUACCAGGAGGGUUCAAAAGACCGAUGCAGAGAAUUAACAAAAACGUAGUACUGGGUCUUCUUACUUUGACCAGCUCAAUCUUUCUCCUGUUCCAGCUGUACUAUUAUAAAUAUUAUCUGUCUCCAAAGAAUGGAGCGGUUUUCCCCAAGAUUAAAGUGAGCAAAGCAGGACAAGACAAUAGUCAAUGGCAUGUGGUGAGAAAAUUUCUGAAUUUGGUAGCCAGCCACAACAUAGUUGUUCAUCUAAUUGAUCCUCUCCUUUUGGAACUGAUUGACCGAGACUUGGAGCAGCUUCAGACCUUCUCUGAUGGCAGUCACUCAGAAUGCAAAUACUUCUGUACCCCACGGGAUUAUACCACCUUUGGACUACUGGACAAAACCUGGAAACUUGAAGUGGGCUUGUUUCAGGCUGCUGAGAGAAUGGGAUUCCAGUGGCUGAAACUUCAGAGUAAAGAUCCACGUUUAGAAGGAAUGGAGGAUCUCUCUGGAACAGAAGUUCCCCUGCACUUUAUCUUCAAACAGGCAACUCAUGCCAUCCACCUAGUAGUCUUCUAUGAGAGGAGUGGCAACUAUCUCUGGCAUGGGCCGCUACGUCUGAAGCUACACAUGGACAGGACGUUUGUGCCUUUCCAGAAGCUACACUUUGGACGCUAUUCUGGAGCCUAUAACAAGAUGGAAUUACUGACUCUUUCCAUUGAUGGAUUAAUAGUCCAGGUCCCAAAAGAGCCAUCCAAGUUCCUCAAAGAAAGGUCUCACUCUCGAUUUGUUGAAUGUCGGUACAAAGAAGCUCGGUCGUUCUUCCAGCUGUACCCUGAUGAUACAUCCCCUGAGGCAGUGGAAUUUAGGAAAAAAGCCAAGGCAUUGCUGCAUCUUGCUGCUCUGACACUGAACGCUUUAGGAGUACCAUUCUGGCUGAGUAGCGGGACUUGUCUAGGUUGGUACAGACAGUGCAACAUUAUUCCUUACAGUAAAGACCUGGACCUGGGGAUUUUUAUUCAAGAAUACAAACCGGAUAUUAUUCCAGCAUUUCAGAAGGCCGGGUUACCGCUAAAGCACAAAUUUGGCAAGGUUGAAGAUAGUUUAGAGCUCUCCUUCCAGGGAGGAGAAGACGAAGUGAAGCUUGAUAUUUUUUUCUUCUAUGAAGAGGAUGACCACAUGUGGAAUGGAGGAACCCAGGCCAAGUCGGGCAAGAAAUUUAAGUAUCUCUUUCCCAAAUUUACCCUGUGCUGGACUGAGUUUCUAGAACUUAAGGUACAUGUGCCAUGUGAAACCCUCCACUAUAUUGAAGCCAAUUAUGGUAAAGACUGGAAGGUUCCUGUCAAAGUGUGGGAUUGGAAAAAUUCACCCCCCAAUGUCCAGCCUAAUGGAAUCUGGCCGAUCAAUGAAUGGGAAGACGUGAUUCAGCUCUACUGAUUUAUUUGUAAGAUGCUGGCAUCAGAAGAAUAUUUAUUGAUAGUUGCAUCAUGUCUCACCUAGAAAUCAUCAGCAUUGGGAUGCUUCAUGGAUUUGCCCCUGUUUUGAUGGUACAAUGUUUGUGGAAAUUGGUGCACCGCAUCAUGGCUAGGUCUGAAUUUGAAUUUGAAGGAGCUGCUGCAGCAGAAUCUAUGAAUCUAUGAAAUGUCAGCCUCAGGAGACGCAAAGCUAAGAAUCAUCUGAGGCUGAUCAAAUAAUAGAAACUACCUGGCUAGCUGAAACUAUCAGAUGGUCCAAGCCCCCAUACUUGGCGAGGAGAGCAGAAAACAAAGUAUAGACUUCAGUGAGACUCCUUGUCAAGCAAGAGAGUAAAUCUCUUGAUUAAAGCCAGCUGGCUGCAGCCUGAUUACAAGGCAACCCUUUAUCCCUCAUUGGAAUCAACUGUUUGAUCUCCAGCUUUUGUGUGAUGUUUGUGUGAAAUUCUACUCCUGAAAUUCUGACUUCUGGAUUGGCUGACAACAAUGAUCUGGCUCUUGGAACUUUGGACUGGAGUUUGACUAUUCUUCUGUCUGCUCCUGUUAAAAAAAACCUAUUCAAGCAAGCUUCUUUCAGAGGCUCUAUUUCUGUUUGCAUUCCUUGUCUGCUGUUAUCUCCUCAAUUUUGAGUAAACUGCUAAUUUCAUAACAACUUUGUAUUGGGAGUGUAUAAUUGAAACCAAAAACAGGACAUACAGUGUCAGGAGUUUAUGUAGUUGAGGAUGGAAACAUUCAAAAAGCAUUUUGUAUAUAUGUAUGCUUGUAUGUAUAUAUGAAAAUGAACAGUGGUGGCUAUUUGGAUGUUGUGUUAUGGCAAACAUGCUUACAGCAAGAAAGCAACAUUAUAAAAACUGGGCAGAGAAGAUAUCCUGGCAGAUCAUUAUAAAAGAAACUUAGUCAAAAAGGGGGAAACCAUACAGGUAAUCCUCACUGACUUGUCCACAGUUGAUGGUCAUUAAACAUGAUGGUAAAUGGUAAAUGACCAUGCCAACUUACAACAUAAGUUCUGGCUGCAGUCAUUAAAUGUCUGCUUAUUAAGCACGACAUCAUGUGACUUCAAUUUCCAGUUUGCUGCUGGCAUCCCCAUUGAAGUUGCUUGUUGCAGUGUUUGUGUUGUAAUAACGGGAUGUCUUUGGAUUUUCAUAAUCGUAUAUUUUAAAUUAAUUAUGAUGACCUGCUAAUUAAGGAGAUGGAAAUUGAAGAAAAGUCUCCAACAAAUGAAUUGUUUUUUUUUUAAUUCAAAAAGUUUUACAAAAAAAAUCCCCCCCCCUUUC